AUGCCAUCCCAGAUCUCCGCCUUUCUGCACCACAGCACAGCUGCACCUCACCUCACCACUGCACAAGGCUUGGAUAUCUUGGAUGCUCUGUACCCCUUGGCUCAUCUGUACUCGCAUUCUCGGAUCCUCUCUUGUGGAUCAAAGGUCGUUGGACCAUGGUUCACCGACAGACACCGAGUUUCGCUGCCCACAUCCACACACACACACACACAUGCGCAGUCAUCGACUUUGAACAUCCAUUUCGACUCAAUCCAUAUAGGUACAGAAAAACGCGGGGGCCAUGGCCAUAAAUUGAUCCAUGAUGUUUCCUCCCCAUCUCGAGAACCAGGAAUGAUAACUUAA